AUGGACCCGGCGCUUCUACGGCGCGUGGGUUUCUUCUGUGCGCUCUGGACACUGCAGUGCUGCGUCACUGUGUUAGGAACCAUCUCCCGAGAUGCCAUCUUCUUGCGCUACUAUGCUGCCUCUAGUGUGGCCACACUCACACUCGUCCUGUCUGUGAGCACGGCCUAUGCGCUGACAUUAGCGACCCAGCUUCUCGAUAAGGUGGCGGCGGCACGUCCUGUGCGUUCUUCCAUUGUAUACUCCAUCAGCCCCUUGGUUCUAGGAGUUGGGCUCCUUAUUCUGACGCUAUUAUCCUUAGUUGCACCAUUUUUGACUCGUGCAACAUCUGUUCUAUUGUACUUAUGGCUUGAAGUGCAAACCCAAUUACUGACCCAACAAUUUUGGGACUUAUGUGCUAAAGCUUUUGAUGUGGCUGAUUCAAAACGUUUUUUUGGAGUCAUCACAUUUGGAUCUACAUUUGGCAGUCUAUUGACAAGUUUUAUGAUUUUGCCGCUCAUUCAAAGUUAUCAAUUGCCCACUGAAUUUAAUUUGGUAGUAUCAUCUGGAAUGCUCUUUUCCAUCGCUGGGGUUCUACUGAUUUCAGCUGAGCACUUUACAGCUGCCACUUCAACUCACAAAAAUACAUCUGUGGGAAAGUUUCGAGACCAAAACAAGACAAAGCAUGGAGAUCUUGCAGACUCGUCAUCGACUAGGAUUAUCCGAGAAAUCCAGACCAGGACGUACUUGAAACACAUUUGUGUAUUCGACAUGUUAGCUACAGUGAUGCGUGUUUUAAUAGAUAAUACAACUUUGUCGAUCGUGUCACGACAACCAGAGGAAGAAGUGAAGGCGUCGCUGUCUUUAAUCAAUGGGGUGCAAAGUUUUUUCAUGAUUCCGAUGCAGUUGCUUUCUGGACCCUAUUUCAUACGAUUUGGAGUCAUGUAUGGCGUUGCAAUGCUCCCUGUGACUAUUAUUUUCUUUGGAGGCACAACUAUUUUAUCAAAUUCGGCGUUUUCGCUUAUUCUCACUCGAGCGCUUUACAAUGCUGUGUCCCAAGCCAUUUUCAAUCCGGCGAGACAAUUGCUGUGGCUGCCAUUCAAUGAUAACGAGCGAGGUCGUUUUCAAAACUUUGUUUGCGGCCCCUUCCGCUCCGUGUCACGGAUAUUUGGUGCGGUGUUAUCGAUAAUUUUGACCUCAACCUUGGUCUCUCACUUCCUCGGAGGUUUUUCGUCGAGCGUUGUUAUGAUCUUGACAUCUGCAGUCUGGAUAGUUGAUGCACUUGCAGCUAGGAAAUCUUACGCUUCCGAGUUUUAUGCCUCUUUACGACAAGGCUAUUUGGAUCUUACUUCGCCUUUAAUCGAUUUCACACCUGACCAGAUUUUAUUGGUAAAAGAAACGCUGGUCAAUGGUGAGCAAACUCAAGCUAAUUUUGUCUUGAGCUCCUUGUCGCACAAACAUAUCGGUCUUUUUUCCCAGGAGCUGCGCGCUUUAUUUUUCAAGGACCGUAGCAAUGCGGUAUCUCUGACACAAAUGCAUACAAAGCUACGCUUAUUAGAUCUGCACACAACAGCAAAGCGAGACUUUGUGCUCCAUGCUCAAGAAUCUUACUUGCUUCCUGAUGCCAGCACCCUCCCCACUGGAAUUUUUAACGCGAUGGAUUUAGUUAUGCUCAUUAAGGACACAUCUGGUGCGGUUCCUCGCCAGCUACGAGUCGCGGCAAUAUUAGCUUGUGGUUACGAAAGAUUUGACGUAAAUGUAGAACAAUGUUUAGACGUACUUUACAAGCUGCUUCGGAGUGUGGAUGAAGACCAAUCCAUUGUGGUGUGCUCGGCAGUGGCAUUAUUGCGGCUUUCGGACUGGACAGAUGAAGAGGCAAACGUGCUUUUACAGCGAUUGCUCCACGAGGAAAAGAUCUUAGAAGCGCGCGUUGUGGGUUUGAAAAUCGUGGGCAAGGAGUUGCCAGAGCUCUUGAGUGACGGAUUCCUGGUGUAUUUACUUCACCACUCGUCGACUCAGAUCGUUCAAGCCGCGGUAGAUUGCUGCUUAAACAGUUCCCGUACAUCUCGAAUGCUGAUCCCAGCUUUGAUGAAACAUCUUUCUAAUUCAACAAUCCGUUCUCAGAUUGUUGAUGCUUUGAAAAGGUUUGAUCCUGCUGCCUUGUGGGGACCUCUCUGUCAAUACACGGAAGAAAUGUUGAGGCUACCUGAUCAAGAUAUUUGUGAUCAAAUGCUUUUGCCAGGUCAAUCUCAAAGCAAAAGAGAGCGACUAGCAGGCGCUCUCAAAGUUUUGGGUUAUUGUGAUUUUUCUUUUGAAGACAAAUUGGAGUUCCUCCUGCAUUUGAUUGAGACGCUUCUUGACUUGCCGCACAAUGCAAACAAUUCGUUUUUAUUGCAACAUCUUGUUGGAAAAGAUGUGAUCAUGGAAGAAAUGAUUGUGGACGCGCUACUUGUGCUGGUUGCAUCAACGGAUGAAAAGACUGUCAAUUCAUUUUCCCAUUUGAUGGAUCCCAUUCACCGCACACUGAGUCUGAAGAUUCGUGAAGCUUAUCAAAUGCGUCACGUUUUAGAGCUUUUCGCUGAAAUCUGUCCUCGUACAGCCGCAGUGAUCGAAGAGACUUCUCCUCUACUUCUACAACAUGUUGAACACCGUCUAAAGGAUACACUUCGACUAUUGCUUAAGCUACUGGCGACGGGAUUCCCCAAAGAAUUUAAUGUCGCUGUAAUUUUGGAAGGCUUACAGUCAGAUUCUCGCCAAGUGAUCUCUGCUAUCCAGGAGGUAUUGGAAAGUCUGCUUCCCUCGUCGUAUAAAGGGAUGGUCUUUCCGCUGCUUUUCCCGGAUAUGUCGACAAACAAAGCAACAUUAAAGAUAACAAAGGAUGUCGAAGAAUUGCUCGAUGGAAAAGAUACUGUCGAUAUUCUACUGGAUGUCAUGAUGCACCAGGAAACAGAGCUGGAGCUGUUGGCUCUAGCUCUUCAAUAUUUCCUUCAUAUUGCAGAAAAUCAUGGAAGCUAUCUUAGUGAUGCAGCGAAACAAACAUUCCAAGAUGAAAUUAUCCCGAACUUGCUUAAUCACGAACUAACCAAGGAGCUUUUGAUUGAAACAUAUCAUGGUCCCAAAAGCCUUACGUACAAGCCUAUUUCCAUUCUAGAAGAUUGUGCCUCUCCACUACUUUCGCGAAUUGCAGUGGCAAACUGUCUUCGGGUGUCAUCAUUAUUCGAAAACGUUUGUGCACUCACUAUUCUUCGGGUAAUAUCGAACCGAUUCGUUCCAGUGACUGUCAAGCGAGGAAUAACGUUCGCGGUUGAAGGCAACAUUGCUUCAGCUAUGUAUGUCGUUGCGACGGGCACUGUUCAACUUCACAAGGAGCAAAAAAUUCUCGCUACCUUAGAUUUUGGCACUUGUAUCGGCCAAGCUGCGUUGUUGCAGCACCCCCUUCACGCUGGAAUUCAAAUUUUCUCUGCAACGGCACUAGAGGAUUGUAUUCUGCUUAGCAUAUCGCGUGACGAGCUCGAUGCCUUGAUGAAGGAAACCCCACAAGUCUCCAGAGGAGUAUUGAACGCUGUGGCUUCCUCUCUUCAACUCUUAUACUUUGAGCCACUUCGUGCAAUAGCUCAAUCCGGAAGCCUUCCUAGUCGUGAUCGAAGAAUCUCGCAAACACUUUCGGACAACAACGCAAACCAACCGGUACUUAGGCGAACAGAGUCGCUAACGACCAACAUCAAAGCCGCGCUCUCUGUCGAUCAUGCGGCAAAAUCUUUUCUGUACAAUGUUGGCAGAUCACGAAGUAUUCCCCGUGGAAAAUCUUUUCUACUUUCAGACGCGAUCGGUAGACGCCGGAGCGUAAAUAAUUUACAACCGACUGGGAAGAGCUCGAGCUUUGGCUCGUUUAAACCAAAGAGAUUAUUAACUCUUACAGACCCCGCUGAGUACACAACAUUCGAGAAGUCAAUACAUUUAAAGGCUUCUCACUUGAUGCGGAAUCUCGAUGAUGAGAAGGUUGCAUUGGUGGCCCAGCUAUCGCGAGUCAUUCUGCUUAGCCAUGGCGAUGUGCUGUACUCAACUGAUUCCAAAAUUGAGUGCGUAUACAUCAUCAUUGAUGGUACAAUAGACUUAAUAAGUGAGGCAGCGCCCUCAUCAGCAUCAGUUAAGCUUCACGGUAGCGACUGCUUCGGAAAAGAGUCUUUUGUGCCCAGUGCAUUCGCCCAUGAUACGGCUUCAGCAGCUAGUCAAUGUACGCUGUUUGAGAUUUCGACCAAAGAACUUGUUGACUUGAGUGAGCUGCACGACGAUAUAAUGCAUGUUCUUCUCGCAUGGCUAUCCCAAUCGCUGGCCGAAUCGACAAAGACAAUGAUCGCACCCUUUCUUUCUUCGACUAAGCACAGUGCGCCAGUUAUAUUUUGUGAAAACGAAGAUAAAGAAAUCGAGUUGAGAAAUCGUCUGGGAAAAUGGAGGUCGGAAACAGACUAA